AUGCGUAACAUGCAGAAGAUGGCUGCUACGGUUACUGUCGAGUUAGCUCGACGUCUCUGCGUUCUUAUAGUGGUCACAGGUGUCACAAGCAAUGUUGUAUUGAGAGUAGCGAGUACGGAGUGUGAUGAUAACGUCAUCAGCUGUCCUUGUGGCACUGAUGGAAGAAAUACAGUCGUCACUGUAAAAAUGUGCUUCAACGUGAGCGCUGGUUGUCUACCCUGUGAUGGACCUUAUACCUCACAGUCUAUCUGCGAACAAUUCCGGUACUGCAAGACGUGCCACAACAGCAAGGACGGGGGAUGCGAAUCCUGCCCACAGGGGCGUCAUGGCAAGAGGUGCCUUAAUGAGCAGACAUGUGGUCGGCCACCACCCUUAGAAAAUGGCUUUUAUGAAGGUUCUGACUGGGAGGAGGAAGAUCGUGUUCGUUAUUAUUGCAAGUAUCAGUGGAUACUUAGCGGAGAUUCCGAGCUGGUUUGCCAAAAUGGACGUUGGACAGGCAAGAUCCCGACAUGCAUAAAAGGCUGUGGUCCUCCACCAGAUAUACCUAACGGGCAUUAUGACGGUUCUAACUGGACAAACGGGGGGCGAGUGCGUUACAUCUGUAAAACAGGACGGUCCCUAAUUGGUGACCCGGAACUAAUCUGUGAUGGCAGUCGAUGGAUAGGUGUUGUGCCAUCAUGUGGUAAACAUUGA